GGGUUGGUAGCCUCAGAGGUCAAGCGUUUCUGGGCAGACGACCCUUCCGCUUCCGUUUGUGAUUGCUCUGCACUUUAUGUGCUUCACUUGAUGACUCAAGAGCUCCCAAACGUAUCUACAAUGCGCAAAACGGAGAUGGAAAUGGGGCGCCAGCUUGCGCUGCGAUCGUUUCCACGGAAUAUUACCUUCGAGGCCAUUAGACCUAGCCAUUAUGCAGAGGACGAUGCGGCUCUCGAAAUGACUCUGUCUUGGUCAACUGACGAUGAUUUAUCUGGGUUUGAAGUUUUCAUCCACGCUGAUGACCGGGAACAUGCGGAAUAUCUUUCGAUGGGCGCUAAACUACGGCAAGGAUCAAAUUCGGAAUCGAUUGACGAGAAAGAAAACGAGGAGACGCGGGCUAUGGAUGCACCGAUGCUUUCCGUGGAAGCUCGCGCUGACGAUUCUGAUGAUGCGCCAUGUUUCCGCUUAUUCGCGGACUCUAACAAAAUCGUUCUCAAUGUCCGUAUUCCAAAUGGCAAGAAGUACGUUGCCCAAGUAUGUUGGAAGAAAGAGGGCGCUUUGUAUAGCUUGCCUACGCCAUUUGUCAUACCGCCUACCCCUCCUUCUUCAGCCUCUUUAAAGAUCGAAUGUCAAGCGCCAAAAGUGACUGUAGAGUGGGAUACAUCGGCAGAUUCAGGGGCCGACUCAUGGAUAGUCGUUCUUAGAUGGAAAGAUCGUGAAAUUUUUCGAAAAGAAACGGCGUGCUAAAAGCAACAGAUUUCGGAGUCCCCACCGUGAGGAAUAGAUUGGUUCUCAUUGCCGCAGCUCCCGCUCAGCCUAUGCCGAAGCUUCCGUCGCCUACUCACGGCGGAACUGGUCAGCCAUCAACACGGACUCUUCAAAAUGCUAUCAGUGACCUCGACUGGAAGAACACUAUCUGUAAACCUACCGGUCCCGGCCUCCAGAGCGUAGUUUUCCAUCCGGUAGACAGUUUCCAGCCUGUGGCCCGACAUUGUACUGGUUGUGUCGUCUCCGAUUUCACAAAAUGGGACGAUUC